AUGCCUCCAAAGAAAAACGCAAAGAACCAACAAAAAGAAGCGGAAAAGAGGGCCAAAGCAAAGUCCAAGGCUAAGAAUGCAGAUGAUAAAACUUUUGGUUUGAAAAAUAAGAAUAAAUCUAAAAAGGUUCAAGAAUAUGUCUCUCAAGUCAAGGCAGGCGUGCCAGCAGAUAUUAAGAAACAGCAGGAACUAGCUAAAAGACGUGCUGCCGAAAAGAAGGCCGCUGAAGAAGCGAAGAAGGAAGCUUUAAAAUUACUUCAAGGUUCAAUUGGUACUCAGAAAGUUCCAUUUGGUGUCGAUCCAAAAAGUAUAUUGUGUGAGUUUUUCAAACUUGGUACUUGUACAAGGGGCAAGAACUGUAAAUUCAGUCAUGAUAUGAACAUUGCCAGAAAAGCAGCAAAGAAAGAUUUAUAUACAGAUGAUAAAGAUGAUAAAGCCGACAAGGAAGCAGAUACUAUGGACAAUUGGGAUGAAGAGAAGCUUCGGAAGGUCAUUCUAUCUAAGCAUGGUAAUCCAAAGACCACCACCGAUAAGGUUUGUAAAUACUUCAUUCAGGCUGUUGAAGACCAAAAGUAUGGUUGGCUAUGGGUUUGUCCUAAUACCGACCCAAAGAAUAAGGUGGAAUGUAAAUAUAGACACUCUUUACCACCUGGAUUCGUUUUAAAGACCAAGGAGCAGCGUAGAUUAGAAAAGAUGGCUCUUGAAAAUCAACCAAAGAUCACACUUGAGGAUUUCAUCGAAACUGAAAGGGAUAGAUUACCAAAGGAUAAGUUGACUCCUAUUAAUCCAGAAACUUUUGCCAAGUGGAAGAAGGAACAUAAACAACAAAGAUUUAACAUGAACAAUAAGGACAAGAAGCAACUCACUGGCCGUGAGAUUGUUUUAAAGAGGUUCGAGGAUAAAUUCUUGAGAGAAGAAGAAUUGAGUGCAGACCACGGUACUGAAAUUGACAUGUCUCAAUUUAAGAACGCAUUAGAUGAAAUUGAAGAUGAAAAUGAACCAAAGGUCAAGGACUAUGGUGAUGGUUCUAAUGCUUUUGCCGAAGCCAACAAAGUGGAAUAA